UGAAACUUGCAACAUCCGGCUGACGUCCGUGUUUACGCUUUAGCGCACUAUUGAUGUUUACGUUGCAUCCAGCAUUGUAAAAUAGUGACGAUAUUUUACAGCCAGAGAUUGAAUCCCAGUAAAUAAUUUAACCGAUUUUACAGUGAUUGGAUGUGUAGUGUUUGUAGAUGGUGCAGUAGAGUGUCCUGAAGACUCCAGAUACUCCUCUUCCUCCCCCUUUUGAUCCAGACCCAUAUAAUGUGGCCCCCCUAUACCUAUCAUCACCUGCUAGCCUUCCUCCUCACGUUCUUCAGCUACGUCCUGCUUCACUCGUCACGUAAGACUUUUAGUAAUGUGAAAGUGAGCAUCUCAGCACAGUGGACACCAUCAGCAUUGCAGCAGAAUGGCAGCACUUUGUCUCCUGGGGAGACAUGGGAGGAAAACAAACUUUUUACUGAUGUGGGAGAGGCCACGCUGUUCUUGGGUGCUCUGGACUCAAUCUUUCUCUUCUCUUAUGCUGUGGGUCUGUAUAUCAGUGGAGUAAUUGGUGAUCGGUUCAACCUUCGCUAUGUUCUGUCCUUUGGUUUAUGUGGAUCCGCUGUCACGGAAUUUGUGUUUGGCACUUUGACAGAAUGGCUUCACUUUUAUAACGUGUACUUUUACUGCGUCUUGUGGGUGUUAAAUGGACUGCUGCAAUCUACAGUUUGGCCUUGUGUUGUGGCCAUCAUGGGCAACUGGUUUGGAAAAUCUGGACGAGGCUUUGUUUUUGGACUUUGGAGUGCAUGUGCGUCCGUGGGGAAUAUUCUGGGUGCGUUUCUUGCCUCCAGUGUCCUGAAGUAUGGCUAUGAGUAUGCUUUUCUCGUGACAUCAGUGGUGCAGUUUGCAGGUGGUAUUGUGGUGUUUUUUGGCCUGCUUACAUCCCCAAAAGAAAUUGGACUAAGUGACUACUCUGAGACAGGUCUGAGUUCAGUUACAAGAGACUCAGAUAGUCAGCGUCCUCUGAUGAGUGAUGAUGAAGAUGAGUUAUGCGAUGAAUACUCUAUACAGCAGCGGGAUGAGGAGCCUGAACCGCAGCCCAAAGCCAUUGGCUUUCUCCAGGCCUUCUGCCUGCCAGGAGUCAUUCCUUAUUCUCUGGCCUACGCAUGUCUGAAGCUGGUCAACUACUCUUUCUUCUUCUGGCUGCCAUUUUAUCUCAGCAACAACUUCGGCUGGAAGGAGGUUCAGGCUGACCGGCUGUCUGUGUGGUAUGAUGUGGGAGGCAUUGUUGGAGGAACAGUACAAGGCUUGAUCUCAGAUCUUUUGGGAAAGCGAGCUCCUGUUUUAGCGAUCAGUUUGCUGCUGGCCAUGGGAGCAUUAGUGGGAUACAGCCACUCUCCAAAUAACCAACUGGUAAAUGGAGCUCUUCUGGCAACAACAGGUUUCCUUAUCGGAGGCCCAUCAAACAUGAUCAGUUCAGCGAUUUCUGCAGAUUUGGGUCGACAGGAGGCACUGCAGAAUAGUCAGGAGGCUUUGGCCACAGUCACAGGAAUAGUGGAUGGUACAGGUAGCAUUGGAGCUGCGGGGGGACAGUAUCUGGUAUCACUUAUUGAGAGCAAAUUAGGAUGGAUGUGUGUCUUCUAUUUCUUCAUAAUCAUGACAGGGUGCAGUAUACUCUUCAUCAUUCCACUUAUUUACCGUGAAAUCCGCUCCUUGUGCCGAGACAGUCAAGCUCGAACACACCAGCUCUGAGAUGGACUUCCUUUUCCUAAAUCUGAAUAUAAAAAUAAGACAUUUUGAAAAUACAGACAUCGUAUUUGAGAAUUCUCCUUCUGUUUUAGAAUAUUGUUUUCAGCAACAGAAACCUCACAUUAAGUCUGGCUACUUCAUAUCAAUGCAUUGUUCAGGCAGACAGAUAAUAGGCUUUUUUUUUUAUUAACAUGAAAACUGAAUUUUACAAAAAAUAAUUUGAUCCUGAUCUUAUUUUUUGGAAGACUCUGGCAACCAGUGUCUGAACAAAAAGAUUGCAAAAUGGUCUAUUUCUAAAGUUCAGGUUUGGAAACCAAAUCAAAUUUGUUUGCAGUGCGAUCGAUCUUUUUUUUUUUUUUUUUUUUGUCAUCUCUCCUUUCAAAUGAUCUUGUUUAUGAACGGCAUCCCAGAAUGCUGCUUAAGGCCUGUUAUGUUAUAUUUCUGUGUAUUGCUGUCAGCAGGUUUUUUUUUUGGAAAGCUUUUAAAUUCUAAUUUUAUAAUUAUUGUUAGAGGGCAGGACCCUCUUUAGCUUAAUUCAUGGUGAUUGUAGCCUGAUUGAGUAGUGUAUUGACUGAUUACUUGAACUGAGGAUAUAGAUUCAUAGCAUCACGUAGGUUUUUGUGGUGGUAAUUUGGGUGUUAGAUGUGCACCAUUUUUUUAAUUAGACUAAAUAUACACCCAGUUGCACUUUAAGGUCAGAAAUGUUAAAUGUACAAUGGUAUAUUUAAAUGUAACACUACAAUUCAGUUUUGUAUUUAAACUAUUGAAACAUGUAGUUAUUGUUUGAAUGUAUGAAUUGUGUGGUAUGUUGUUCCUAUAUAUAUAGCUGUAUAUAAGUAAUAAUAAAUACAGGCAAUGAA